AGAGUACAUCAUUCUCUUCGAGCAGCUUGGCUACAAAGUGCUUUCUUCGUGGAACCCCUCUUGACCUAACUCCUCAGUAGCUCUGCAAAAUUGGGAUUUCUGGAUGAAAGGCCAGUUGCCCUCAUAAUUUCGCCAAUGAUCCUCAGACCAUGCUAGGAUCGUCUCUCCUUGCACCCUCCAAGAAGAUAGAAAUUCAUAUUCUGGAAGAUGUCGGUAGAAUCCUGAAACCAUUGAGGUAAAGAUGAUUCUCAUUUAUAUUGUGAAGUCUAAGUUUUGUUCUUUUUAAAUCAUAUUCGAAUCGUUAUAUAUCUCUUUUUCUGGUGUGAAAUGUCGGGAUGAUUGUUUUCUUACCAAGUCUUUCGGGUGCUGGAUAUACUACCUUGCUUAGAGAAAUUGUCCUGAUUUUAGAUUUUCUACCUGUUUCAUUAGUCUUUCUUUUGUUUGUUUUUUGUUCUUUAUAAUUAGUUAGUACCUCCAUUUCCCAAAAAAUGUCCAUUUGUACAAGACUUUGUUGGUUUGAAAUCAUUGCAGUUUACUUAAUGCAGUCAUUAUGGUUGUAAAAUAUUUUCACUGUGACCACCAUGUAUACUUAUCUGUGCACAUACAAUGUAUGAUUAUCUCUCUGGUGGGGAUUAAAAUUUGUAACAUUGAAGUCCAUUACCAGAUUUUUUCUAUGGAGGGACAUUUAUAUGUUGGGAGAAGAACACUUCAUACUUUGUUCAGUGCCACUCUCAACGCCUUUCAGGGACUUUAUAAAAUUGCUGAAUACUGGAAAAAAUAUUACCAUUAAUAGAACUAAUACUUUCAGUGAUUCAUUCCUUUGAACGACAUACAAUCCUGGGUUUGGUUAGUUUAAAAUCAUUGUAAUUGAGUUAAUGCAUUCAUUAUUUUCAUUGUAAAAUCUUUAUUCUGUGUGUAGCAUGUAUACUUAUGUAAGCACGUACAUAGUAGGAUCACUUUACCGGUGGGGGUAAAAAUUUCCAGAAUUGAAUCCCUUUAUGAGCAUUUCUCUAUGGAGGGAAAUUUUCAUGCACUCUUAACACCGUUGAUGUAAUAACUAAAAUUGCUUGAUAUUGACAAGUAAUUUAUCUGUAUUAUUAUAUAUGAUUGUUAGUUAAAUGUUGAGAAUAUUAGCAUUAGCGCAAGUAAUGGUUUCACUGAUUCAUUUAUUUGAAGGAUAGACUAUCCUGGGAUUGUCUCUCCUUGCACCCUCCAAAAAGAGACAAAUUCAUAUUCUUAAACAUGUUAGUAUAAUGCUAAAACAACUGACGUAAGAUGAUUCUCAUUUGUACUCUGAAGUGUAAGUUUUUUCCUUUAGAAUCAUAUUUGAUCUGUUAUACAUCUUUUUCUUGUGUGAAAUGUUGGGAUGAAAAUCUUCUUACCUAUUUAGCAAUUGCCGUGACUUUAGAGUUCCAACCUAUUUCGUUAGGCUUUCUUUUGUUUAUAUUUUUCUUCUUUAUAAUUAGUUAUAAUCUCCAUUUCCAAAGAAAUGUCCAUUUGUACAAGAAUUUGUUGGUUUGAAAUCAUUUCAGUCUACUUAAUGCAGUUAUUAUUUUUGUAGAAUAUUUUUUCUGUGAAUACCAUGUGCACUUAUCAAUGCACGUACAAAUUAUGAUUAUCUCUGUGGUGGUGAUUAAAAUUUGUAACAUUGAAGUCCAUUACGAGAAUUUCUCUAUGGAGGGAGAUUUAUAUGUUGGGAGAAGAACAUUUCAUACUUUGCUCAAUCCCACUCUCAACGCCUUUGAGGGACUUUCUAAAAUUGCUGAAUAUUACGGUGAUUUACGAGUUUUUAAAUUUUCAUAUUUUGAGAUAAACAUGAUCUAUAUUACGUAGCAAUCAACAUACUCAUUACCAAUUCUUUUAAUUUAUGUUAUCAGCCAUUAGCGCAUUCAUGCAUGGUAUGUCAUGCAUUACUACAUGGAUGGUUGACUCAUGAUAUAUUAUAUCAUAUUAUAUUAUAUGCUCAAUAUACUCAAUAAUAUACUGAAUAAUAAUAAUAAUUUCUCAAAUAAUGUAUAUUAUUUUUGUCGUUAUCCACUUUAUCCUAUACCUCUUAUAUUCAUAAGAGAAUAUAAAUCCUCUGACAUCCUCACCACCUUCGAAGUGUCAUGAUUAUAAAGUGCAAAACCUAAAGGAUUAUAUGUCAACUCAUCUAUCACCUCAGGUACACGUGAGAGAGGAAGUUUCACUUUAUCUUCCUCUUAUAUCAUGUUCUGCCUUAUAUAGGAUAUCACACCAUUUCAUAAUUCCAUAGGAAUCUGUGAUUUAUUUAUUGUUCUCAUUGAACGGUUGAUCUUAUUAACAAAUUCGAUCAUGCAAGAAAACAUGGGCUCCCACAACUUCCACCGUCAGGGUCGUUACUUCUACAUGGAGAUCAAUCCAGACAUGUAGGACAUGGGUGAAAUUCCAUCCAUUUUCUUUAGGAAAUUCAGGGAUGCUGUACCGAACUUUAUCACAUUCCAUGACUUUGCGGGAAAUAAAGUCGAUGCUGUAAUUGAGAAGUGUCACCGUACAGCCAUAAUCGUUUGUGGUUACAACAACCUAGCUACCCUGUAUGGUCUAAAAGAAGGAGGUUGGUUGAGCGUAUGUUAUGUUGGUAAGGAGAAAUUCCUCAUAACUGAGGUCAGGGACCACAAUAUGAUUACUAAAGUGCUUUGCUUUCCACCGUUGAAGCUUACUAUUGCCAUCAAGCCGUCGGUUGGUGUGGAUGGAAUUAUAGAACUUUCAAACCACACGUCGUCUGCAAGCCUGCUCAUCCAAGAUACCAUCUCUUCUAAGCUAGGUCAACCCCCUGAUGAACCUCGAAAUGCAGAAAGCAACCACUCAAACCCUGAAGAUCUAUGCAAUGCUGCUCAUUUAAUCCCAACCCGUGUAGUGGACUCCAUAAACCAUGUUGAGGAUACUAUUUAUCCUGGGCUCGAGGCUCCGUAUAAUAUGACAACAACGCCAUAUUCUAAUCAGAUUUUAGCUCUACCAAAUUAUGAUUCAAUGAAGACCUUUCUCUCAUUGACGGGCUUCCCUGCCAUGGCAAACAUAUUCCAACCCACAAACGAAUUUCCUCCACCUAUAGUUUCAGUUGCUAAUGUCGAUGCAUCCAACACUUCCAUUAAUGCUGUCAACCAUGAUGGAGGUAGCUCUCCCAACGUUCAUAGUCCCAAUCCACCCGACCCCAAUGGGAAUAUUUCGGCUCCACCUUCGCCUCCACUCCCAGAGUUCCACUCAGUUGUGAGGGUUAUCUCUGAAUACCAGUCUACCCACUAUUCAAUGCUUCUUCCUUCGGGAUUUGCGGCCCAAGCAUUUCCUUCAAGACUAGACUUUGUGCGCAUUCACGAACUCCACAAGGCACCUGUUGUGAUGAAGCUUCGUUGGAGGAGUCCUAGGUCAUCUGAGGCCUUCCUUACAAGGGGGUGGCGCAAAUUUUCUGUUGAGCAUGGAUUGCGGUGUGGUAGUGUUCUGCGCCUAAGUGUUCCAAUCGAUGAUGAAACCACGAUGUACAUAACUAUGUUACGUUGGUAGUGGUGUUACGUUGACGUUGUUUUGAUCGGUUUCACCCACUGUUGCAGUGAACUAUUAGUAUCCAGUCAUGUUUAGCAAUUAAGUGUAGAAUGAAAUUCUCCAUGGAAGUAAUGAACAUCACUGUAACUCUAAAAUUGCCUACAGUUAAUAUAAUUUGGGAGAUUACUUAAA